UGCUUUAAAUGUCAUGGCUUCGGUCAUAGAGCAAGUGAGUGCCCUAAUCGUAGAGCGUUUAUUUUGAAAGACACUUAUAGUGAGGAUGAGGAAGAAUGUGAGGAAGGGGAUGAAGAGGGCAAUCAUGAGGAUGAACAUCAUGAUAGUGAAGGGGAUGGUGUUGAAGGUGAUGAUGAGCCUAUUGUACCUCUAUAUGUGGUGCGCCGAACCAUGAUAAGUAAAGCAAUGGAUGACCCAAGUCAACGGGAAAAUCUCUUCCAUUCCAAGUGCAUCAUUAACCAAAACACUAGCAUCAUGAUCAUUGAUAGUGGGAGUUGUGCCAAUGUUGCUAGUACCACCCUUGUUGAUUUCUUGAAACUUCCCACCACCCGCCAUGACAACCCUUACAAACUUCAAUGGCUCAAUGAAUGUGGUGAAUUGAAGGUGACUAGACGAGCUAUCAUCAAAUUCGCGGUUGGGAAGUAUCAUGAUGAGGUGUUGUGUGAUGUUGUUCCCAUGCAAGCGUGUCAUCUUCUACUUGGCCGACCAUGGCAAUAUGAUAGGUCCGAAUUUGAUGAUGUGUUCCCAACGGAACUCCCAAAGGGGUUACCACCCUUGAGGGGAAUUGAACACCAAAUUGACUUUGUUCCGGGGUCUCAAUUGCCAAACAAGCCAGCUUAUAGAGCUAACCCGGAUGACACUAAGGAGCUUCAAAGGCAAGUGGAUGAGCUCCUUGAAAAGGGAGUUGUGAGAGAAAGCAUGAGUCCUUGUGCUGUGCCCGUGAUCUUGGUGCCAAAGAAAGAUGGAUCAUGGCGCAUGUUUGUUUUCUUGGGAUUUGUCGUGAGCUCAAGGGGGGUUGAGGUUGAUGAAUCCAAAGUAGAAGCCAUAAGAAAUUGGCCCACUCCAAAAUCCAUUGGAGAUGUAAGAAGCUUUCAUGGCUUGGCUGGUUUCUAUAGGCGUUUUGUUAAAGGAUUUAGUACCAUAGCCGCUCCUUUGACCGAGGUAAUCCGAAAGGACAAACCUUUUUCUUGGGGUGUGGAGCAAGCUAAUGCCUUUGAAACUUUGAAACAAAUGCUUAGCUCCGCACCAUUGUUGCAAUUACCCGACUUUGACAAAAUAUUUGAGAUUGAAUGUGAUGCAAGCAAAGUGGGUAUUGGAGCUGUUUUAAUGCAAGACCAAAAGCCCAUAGCCUAUUUUAGUGAAAAACUCAAGGGAGCGACUUUGAAUUACACUACCUAUGAUCUUGAGUUGUAUGCCUUGAUUCGUGCUUUGGGAAAUUGGCAACACUACUUGUGGCCUAAAGAGUUUGUAAUUCGGACCGACCAUGAGUCCUUAAAGCAUCUUAAGGCCCAAGGUAAGUUAAACAAAAGGCAUGCCAAAUGGGUUGAAUUCCUUGAAACCUUCCCUUAUGUAAUCCAAUACAAAAAGGGAAAGGAGAAUGUAGUGGCGGAUGCCCUAUCAAGGAAACAUUUUGAUGGUUUCUUGUUCAAGAACAAGCGACUAUGUGUGCCCAUGAGCUCUUGGAGGGAGUUAUUUGUGAGAGAGGCACAUAAUGGGGGAUUGAUGGGACAUUUUGGGAUUGAUAAGACUUUGGGGAUUCUUGAGGAACAAUUUUAUUGGCCUCAUAUGCGGAGGGAUGUGGCUAAGAUUUGUGGCCAAUGCAUUGAAUGUCGCGGCGCCAAGUCUAGACUCCUUCCCCAUGGUUUGUAUACCCCUCUCCCCACCCCUCAACAACCUUGGGUUGAUAUUUCAAUGGAUUUUGUGUUGGGUUUGCCUAGAACCAAAAGGGGUAAAGAUAGCAUCUUUGUUGUGGUUGAUCGAUUUUCUAAAAUGGCUCAUUUCAUUGCUUGUCAUAAAGUUGAUGAUGCUCCUCAUGUUGCCUCUUUGUUUGUUGAACAUGUGGUAAAGUUGCAUGGUAUUCCCAAAACCAUUGUGAGCGAUAGGGAUCCAAAAUUCCUUAGCCACUUUUGGAAAGAAUUGUGGGGACGACUUGGUACUAAAUUGUUGUUUUCUACCUCUUGUCACCCACAAACCGAUGGCCAAACCGAAGUUGUCAAUAGGACCUUGGGUUCUAUGCUUAGGGCCAUGGUUAAAGGAAAAUUAACAUCUUGGGAAGAUCAAUUGCCUUUGGUUGAAUUUGCUUACAAUAGAGUCAUUCAUAGCACUAUUGGCAUGUCACCUUUUGAAGUCGUUUAUGGUUUUAACCCCCUAACCCCUUUAGAUCUAACCCCUUUAGAUUGGGUUUGGGUACAUUUCCGAAAGGAGAGGUUUCCCAACAAAAGAAAGACCAAGUUGAUGCCUAGAGGAGAUGGUCCAUUUGAAGUACUUGAACGACUCAAUGAUAAUGCAUACAAAAUUGAUCUUCCACCCGAAUACCAAGUUCAUAACACCUUCAAUGUGUGUGAUCUCUCUCCUAUGGUGGUGCAAGAUGUUGAUCCCUUAAAUUUGAGGACAAAUUCUCUUCAAGAAGGGGAGAAUGAUACAACUCGAAUGGCGAGGUUCAGCAUUGAUUAUGAACUUCUCCAAGGUGUUAACCCUUUGAAGAGAACCUGCUCUGAUACCACUUCUUAG